CAGCCCGGCACGGCCCGGCACGGCACGGCCCGGGGCAGCCCCGCAGCCGCAGCAGCUGCAACCGGAGAGAAGGACAAGGAGGGCGAGGACAGGGAGCCCCCCGGAGCUCCCAGCACCAGCGGGGAUGGAGCCGACCAAGCUCCCACUCACCAAGAGGAUGGCUCCUGCUCCCCCCAUUCCUGCCAAGACCAAACCAGCCCUCAUGCUGGCCACCAAGCCCAGUGACCCCCAGCCCAGCGCCUCAGCUGACACGGAGUGGGGCAGAGCCGGUGACCCAGAUGCCAACGGCUUCAACAUGGUGUCAGUUACCACAGCCAGGCUGAGCCACCCCACGGCCACACGGCCACGAGUCCCCGGCCAGCGGCCACCCAGCAUGGUCCUGGGGAGCACGGGGGGUCCCCAUGGGGGGGAGCAGCCCCAGGGGCUGCCCCGGGGUGCCCUCGGUGCCCCUGUCCCCAGCACGGGGCAGGCGCCUGUCCCACCAUGGAGCACAGAGGGGCCGGAGGUGCUCGAGGGGAGGCCACUGGCCCUGGAGGACCUGAAGGCUGAGGUCCGGACCCUGCACAUCCUCGUGGACCUGAUGCGAGUCCAGCACCUGCGGGACCUGCAGGAGCUGCGGCAGGAGCUGUGCCAGGAGCGGGCCCAGCGCCAGGUGCUGCAGGUGAGUCCCUCCCUGCCAGGGGUUGCCUUGUCCGGGCUCCCUUGUGCCCCCCAACAAUCACAGCCUCUCCCCACAGGUGGAGAUCGAGCGAGUGAGGAAGGGGCUGCCCUGUUAGCGUGGGGGGCAGGUGGGUGGCACAUGGGUCCGUGUGCCCCCCCAGCCUGGUUCUGCACCCAUCGGUCGCCGAUGCCCACCCCACACCCAGGCACUGCUCCCUGAAGCGUAACAGCCCCAUGACCUAUAGAAAUCGUUUAAAAUAAACUAUUUAGGGUACAAA